AUGGCUGCCCCCAGCGCCGCGGACAGUCACGUGCCCAGGCGCUGCCGCCGCCGCCGCGCGCCCCCUCCCGCGCUGGCCCAGGGGCCGACCCCGCGGCAGGCGCGGUCCCGGACGCCUGUCCGCCACGGGGGUGCCGCGAGGGCCGGCCGAGGACGGAGGGCCCCGCGCCGCAGGCCCCCUCUCCGCGUCGCCCGCCUCUCACCCGGGCGCGGGGGUCGGGCUCUCGGAGCCGGGGAAACCUUCCUGGGGGCGACCUGCGCCAGGUCGGGCUACUGGCCUGGCCCGGGUCCCGCACGCGCCCGCACGGAGCCCGCCGACCCCGCCCGCCCGGCCCGCUCCCCCCGCCCCCCGGCCGCCGCGAACACCCGGAGCCGCGGAUCGCGGCGCGCGGAGAGCCGGGCCGGCGCGGGCCGCGGACUGGGCAUGCUCGGCAGCCCGGAGGCUCGCGGUGGCAAGUCGGAAGCGUUCGCACCAGCGAGGCAGCGGCCCGGCGGCGGCGGCGGCGGCGGCCACGGGCAGGACGGAGCGGGCAGGGCCGGCCGGGGAAGGCUGCGGUCCCCUCGCGCACGGCGAGCCGGCCGGAGAGCGCGAUCCCGCUGCGGAGCCCCGACGCUGCCCUGCCCCGGAUUUUGGUGCGCGGCGGGGGGCUCGGAGAGCGGAAUUCCGGCGGCAGCUGCGACUCCGGUGCAAAUUGGAAGGAAGACUGAUGCAGAAAGAUACCAACAUGGUUCAGGUACAUCACUGAGAUUUUGGGGGUUGCACGAAAGCGUCCGGUUGGGCGAGUUCUGAAAGAAGAGACAAGGCCCUGCCCGAGGAAGCCUACCUGAGAGUAACUGCAAAGGAGCCUGUCAGUAGCUACAGAACAGCAGCAGUUGGAGGCCUUCUGCGCUGCGGUGGCAACCGGUUCCACUCCCCUGCGCAGCUGCUUCCGAAGUACUUGGGCCACACAAGCACACAGGGAAGGAGUCUGGAUUUGAAGGGGUCUAAGCCAUCAUUGCAGUUGGAGCCGUGAAUUUAACAGGCUACCGUACUUGCAUUAGCCUGGAAACCGAGGCUUGGAAGGAUUCGGUAGCCUGGCAGAGAGCACCCUGCGGGUGCACAUCAGGAGUGGCGUUCAAGCCUGCUGGUCA